AUGGACGCCACCGCCGCCAAAAUCUCUGCCAAGGGCUCGCGCAUGCGCAAAAAGGGUGUCAAGGUCAGUCCCCGCUGCAGUCUCUUUCCGGCUGCUUCGAUGUGCUGCUGGCUCCCCGAGGCCGAGUGAGACACGACAAACCCCGCGAGGAUCCGACGAUGACGAACGGGGUCGGCUUGAAGAGACGAUCACCAACCCACACGCUCACGCACACGCAUCCGCACCCGCACCACAUCCCACCGCGCACAGGCCAAGACGCACCACUUCUUCUACGUGCUCGUUCUCAUCUGGUAAGUGCAUGUGGGCUUCGCAGUCGGGAUCGAGCGUGUGGCACUCACUCAGCGUCCGGCGAGCGCGCUCCUCAGCGGCUGGCUCGCCCCACCCCUCGCCGUCGCGGUCCGGUUCGGCAUCGGACGCGACUUUUUCAUCAACGUGCUCUGCACCAUCUGUGGCUACUUCCCCGGCCAUGGUCACAAGUCGGUCUCUCGUUCCUUCCGCUUCUUUCCGAUAUUGUGCACCGUUGCGGCUGACACUCGGUCCUCUCCCCGCGUCUCUGACUGUGCUCGCUCUGUCCGGGCCCCACUUUGGUCACGUUACAGCUUUGUGAGUGCAUUCAAGGCCUUGGCUUGACAAGUCCCGUAAGCUGACACAAGGGCACGCUCUGCAAAUAGUACUGUCAAUCGAUCCGCAACAACCGAACCGCAGCUCGCACCCCAAAGUGGGCCGUCAAGUUUGGCCUCGUCCAUGUCAAGGACAAGCGAGGUGGCAAGCACGCCUGGGCAGGUCGCUACGACGGUACGUUCACACCAUGCAACUCUGCAUCAUUGCUGCAACCCCGAGCUGACAUCACUCCUUGGCCUUUCUCGCAGAACGACUCCCGGACUCGGCCCGGAACGAAUACGCCGAUGCUGACUCGGUCGAGUCUGGCCAACCCGGUGGGGCGGCCGAUUGGGAUGGACGUGGACCCGAACCUGCGAAUCGACCUCGUUUCUCGGGCAACCCCAACCUUAGCACCGGUGGCAAGAAGCAGCAUCGCGGCUUCCACAUCACCUCGCCGUGGGACGAUCUCGUCGAGGAGGAGGAAGUGCAGGGCAACCCGCGAAGACCUGAUGAUGAUGAUGGGCGUGCACCUGCUUCCAGCCGGCCUUAUGACCCCUUGGACAACGAAGAGUUCUUCCCUUCUACGAGUGGGGCCGAUGCGAUGCCCGCCUCGUCGGCGUCGAGUGGACCGAAGAAACUCAAAGGCAGGGGCUUCUUGGGCAAGAGCCGCAGCCGCUACGAGAACGCGUCGUCAUCUUCCGGUGGUGGUGGAGGUGGUGGACGGGACGAUCGCUUCGACCGCAUGAACGCCAGUCGCCCCUCCGCUGGCGGUGACCCUCUGAGGGGCAAGCGCACGCAAGCUGCCGACGACUACCAGGAUGACUUUGAACGCGAGAUCAACGGCGUCCCAGCGAGGAGCAAGGCGACGACGAACGCGAGUGCUCCGACGGCGAGGUUUGAUUCGUUUGAAAGUGAAGGACCGGAGCAGGCCUGGGCAAGCUCGAGACCGUCCAACACCCCCGCGCGAAGAGAGGAGCCGGCUUCGAAGCCAGCUUCGAGUCAAGGCGAUGGGGACUGUGAGUGUCCUUGACUUGGGUAUCAGGGGUAUUUAUGAACUGAUAGUAUACUUUUAUUUAUUUGUUGAGACAGUGUUCAACCACACCUUCUGA